GUUCAUUUGGUGUUUGAUCAGCCCAUUGGAGAGAUGAGGUUCCUUAUAUUAUUUUUGAGUGUGGUGGCAGUGGUGUAUUGUGGUCCAGUUAAUCAAGACGAGAACUUGGCUAGGGCUCUCUUGGAGCCGUUUGUGAAGUGCCAAAACAGUGAUUACUAUCUUUGCGGAAAGGAAUAUGUCCUAAAAGCUGUCGAGAAGAUCCGAACCUUAAGGACACUGAACAUCAUCGAUGGAGUCACCCUCCUCAACAACAACCCUAAGGAAUCCAGGAGCUUGGAGACCCUCUCUAGUGAGCCAGCUGUUAGAACCAAACAAGUUAACGAGAAACUCUGGGAGACGGCCUCUGAAAUACUUCAGUCAAGCGAACUUGAACUUAGCUAUGGACCCGAAGUUGAAGAAUCCAGAGCUAUUGAUGACGUUGAAGAAGGUCGCGGCAAGAAGAAGAAGUUGAAGAAGAAGCUGAAAAUGCUCAUCCCUCUUAUGAUCCUCGCCAAAGCCAAGGCCAUAGCUUUAGUCGUGGCGGCACUGCUCAUCAUAGCUGCUUCGAUCUUCAAGAUCGCCCUCCUCGCCAAGAUUGCUUUCAUUAUCAAGAUCAUUGCAAUCAUCAAGGCAUUGUUGGCCAAGAAGCACGCUCAAGAGGAGGUGUCCUGGGAAUCCCAUGGCUGGGAGCCACAUGCCGAUCCUCAUGCUCAUGUUGAACAUGGCCAUGGUUGGGAGGGAGGCUGGUCUAGGUCUAGAAAUGAGGCCAACAACAUGGCCUACUCUGCCUAUAAGAAGUAAAUAUUUUUUUCGCUCGUGGAUACUUUAAAAUUUGGUCGUAAAUGCGAGCAGUCCACGAGUAGCCGACGGUGAUGUAUUACCGUCGCUUGAACUGAGCACUUGUCAUUAAGUGUGACGUCUACCACUGAAACGAAAUCGUGUCUUCUUAAUUUAUGAGAGUCUGUAUUUAUUCGUAUGAAUGUUUUCAUGUUCUAUUUAUUUUUAUUAAAAUAUUUAUCUGUACAUAAAUAAUAUAUGUUUGAACUGGUAAUUUAUUCAAUGCGAUGAACCAAAUAUAGAUAUUAUUUUAUAUGAUUUAUUGUUUAUUUAAUUAUUGUUUUUUUUUAUCUCAUUGUUUUUUUUUCAUCUUGUUUGAUCUCUGCUUUAUUCAUUUAUUUAGUGUUUUUUUAAUAUUUUUUAUUUUAUUUUUAUUUGUGUGUAUGUAAUUUAUGAAUUAGUAAAUAAAAAUCAGCAAUCA